AUGUUUUCAACUAGAUAUGACCCAGCUAACGAUAUGAUAGAGAAUGAACUGAUGAACUUUAAGAAACGAAAAAUAGAACAUGUUAAGGAAAAGAAAGGGCAAAUUGAUCACGAACAUGACUUUGAUAUAAAAGUUGCAGCCAAAUCGGAACCAGAAUCAGAUGUCGAAAUGCAAGAUAAUAAUCAUGAAUCACGUUUGCAAGAGACUUCAUAUGCACAGAAACACUCGUCAAUUUUUGAAAAAUUUAAACUAUCUACUGAAUCUUCAAGAGAUAUUGAUGAUAAAUUUAUCAAGGACGAAGAAGAGGUAAAUUACGAAGAUUUAAAACCUUUACCUCAACCCGUUUUGCCGGAAGACGAACGAUUGAAAUCUAACAAAAGUCAUUUGAAGAACCUUGAUUGGCUUACUCAACCUCAAUAUUUUUCAACUUCAGACGUAGUACCAUUUGAAAAUUUCAGCCUUUCACCAUUUAUAAUGAAAAAUUUGAAAAAGUUAGAAUUUCAUAAUGCAUUUGCUGUUCAAGUUGCUGUAUUAGAGAUGAUUAUACCCGAAAUAACAGCCAAUAAAUUGAGACCAGAUACUUUUGGCGAUAUAUUGGUAAAUGCAUCAACUGGUUCGGGUAAAACCUUGGCAUAUCUGAUACCCAUCUUAGAAGCUUUACAUGAUAGGGUUGUUCCAAAAGUUAGAGCUAUUAUUUUAGUUCCUACAAAACCUUUGAUAAAUCAAGUUCGAACUACUUUAUUGCAAUUAUCACAAGGUACAAAUUUAAAUAUUGUAAAUUUAAGAAAUGAUAUUUCCAUUAAAGAAGAAUCAAAUAAAUUGCUCAAUUCUGUUCCUGAUAUAAUAGUAAGUACGCCAGGGAGACUAGUUGAUCAUAUCACUCAAAAUUCAAUUGAUCUAUCAAUGUUGAGGUUUUUAGUUAUUGAUGAAGCUGAUAAAUUGUUAAAUCAAACUUUCCAAAAUUGGUCACUGAUUCUCAUAGAUAUGAUCAACCAAAAUAUAAAUAUUUCAAAAGUAUGGAAAUUGUCAGUUCAAAAAUUAAUCUUUUCAGCUACUCUAACCACUGAUGCAGGUAAAUUAUCGAGCUUAAACUUUAUAAAACCAAGACUAAUAAUUGUAAAUGACUCGCAGCAAUUAGUUAAUGAAAUGUUUCAAGUACCUUCAACUCUUAAAGAGUUUAAAAUGGUUUUUGGUGUGGCAAAGAAUUCGAUAAAACCAUUGAUACUAACCAAAUUUUUGAUAUCUCAAAGUAAACUUUCCAAUAUAUUAAUAUUUACAAGUUCAAAUGAAUCAUCAAUCAGACUAGCGAAAAUUUUGCAAAUUUUAUUUAAUGAAUUAAAUUUAAAUAUCAAUGUACAAUAUUUAAAUUCAACAAAUAAUAAAGCAGUGAUUAGGAAUAAAAUUUUAAAAGAUUUCAACAAUCAAUGUAUCAACAUUUUAGUUGCAACAGAUUUAAUAGCUAGAGGUAUAGAUAUAACAUCCAUUACAGAUGUCAUUAAUUAUGACUUACCAAAUUCAUCAAGAGAAUAUAUUCAUAGAGUUGGUCGUACUGCAAGAGCAAAUCAACCUGGUGCAGCUUAUAAUUUAAUAUUUGGCAAAGGUGAACAACAAUGGUUUAAUUCAUUUUCAAAAGACAUUGGUAGAAAUAAUAAAGUGGUUGAAGAUAUUCAAUUGAAUUUAAAAGAAUUAAUUACUGAUAAUGAUGAAGAAGUUUAUCAAAAUAGUUUAAAUCGUUUACAAGAUUUAAUUAAAGAUUAA